CUGUGAAACGAUGCACACCCAGUCAAUGCCUCGUUUUCACGGCGCGGCUUAAAAUGGCGCCCUCACUACGCAACAAACCCUGAUCUGAUUGGUUCCCCGCGACUGUUUGAGGGUUUUUAUUGGUUUCUGGUAGUUUAUUUUGAUACGGGAGGAUUUAGAAGCUGCUGUGCUGCGUCUGGGAACAGCUGACACCUCACUAAGGGUUACCAUGGGUGACCAAGCGGCAGAUGAAGCGGAGCAGGGAGCAGCAGGAGGAAGGUGUCUCAGUGAAGCCCAGACACAGGUGUUGGACAGGUGUCUGCACGCGCUCAGGCACGCGAAGAAUGACAGCCAGACGUUAGCGGCUCUGCUGCUGAUAACGCGGCUGUGCCCGGCCAGCCAGCUGGACCCGGCCACCAUGCGGCGGGUGUUUGAGGCGGUGGGCCCGGCCCUCCCGGCCCGGCUGCUGGUCACGGCCCUGCGGGACCCCGGGGGGGCGGGACUUCCUCCCCAGGAGCUGCUGUCUCUGGGCGCCGCCCUGCUGGCCGCCCUCAGCACCGACCCCAACAUGGCCGCCCGGCCCCAGCUGCUCGCCACCGUGCCGCUGCUGCUGGGCCUGCUGGCCGACGGGCCGGGAUCGCAGCAGCAGAACCGGGCCGAGGCGGGUCCGGAGGCCCGCCCCAGAGGGAGCGGCGGAGAGGGGGAGGAGAGCAGGAGGUCAGAGGUCAAGUCUCUGGACCAAGCCGUGGUGGCGGACUGCUUCCAGGUUCUGACGGCCGUGUUAGGGCUCCUCCGGGGCCCGGAGCGGCUCCUGGCCCGGGGCGCGGUGCCGGCCCUGUGCCGGGCCGCGGGUCAGAACCGCUGCCACCAGAGGGCGCUGUCGCUGCUGGGCUGCCUGCUGUCCAAAACCAGAGAGGAAGCCUGGCGCAGACACCCGGCAGAACUCCUCUCUCUGCUCCUCAGGCUCUGCUCUGAGUUCUGCCGGGCCUCGGACCCGACCCGGCUGCAGAUGUGCGCCCAGCUGGUGCGGUUCCUGCCGCCGCCAGAGGCGGCGCAGCAGAGCGCGGAGCUGAGGGAGGCGGUGGGCCGAGUGUGGGCGGCGCUGAGACCCACGCUGCAGGCCAAGCUCACGCCCAAGCAGAUCGGGCCGGUUCUGGUUCUGAGCGCCUGCUUACUGGACCUGUACGGCUGGGAGUCGGUGGGUCCGGCCCGGUUCUGCUGCCUGCUGGUGAACCGGGCCUGCGUGGAGGUCCGGAUGGGCCUGGAAGAACCGCCUGGGAACGAUCCGAGUCCAGAGCUGCAGAACACGCUGACAGGAUGCUACCGCAUCAUGGAGGCGGCCAUGGAGCAGGCCUGCACCGCCGGCGACGCGGCGCCGCCUCACCGCUCCGCUCUGAGCGCGCUCAGUCUGCAGCAGAGCCGCCAGGUUCUGGAGGUUCUGCAGGAGGCCUUCUCCGCCGUCAUCUUCUACCUGCAGCAGGUGGCGCCUGACCGCUUCUCCGACCCGUUUGUGCUGGCGACGUUCCGGGCGCUCUGCGCCUGGCUGGCCGAGGAGACUUCCUGUCUGAAAGAGGAAGUGACCGCGCUGCUGCCCUUCCUGAUUGGCUACGCCCGGCGCCACCUGCAGGAGGGAGCUGCCGAGCCGAGCCUCUCUGAUUGGACGGCCCGACUGUCUGUCAGCGAGGGGGGCGGGGCUUGGACGGGCACCGGGGCUCUCAGGUACCUGCUGCCCGCCCUGUGCCACCUGUCGGCUGAGGACGCCCCCAGGAAGGUGCUGCUCAGCGUGGAUGCCCCGGCGCUGCUGGUGGACUUCCUGGUCCGGACCUGGACCGACCUGAGGGGGCGGAGCCAGACGGCGCUUCCCAGAGACCCCAGCAUGGAGACGGCGUGCUCCGCCCUCCUGAACGUGACGGUGACGGAGCCGGACAGAGUCAGGAAGGAUCCAUGUUUCAGAACCCUGGAGGCCCACCUGAGUGAAGCACUUCCUGUUCUGAUGAAUAAGCCCCGCCUCCUGGUCCUAGCAGCCAAUUACUGCACUCUGGGGCUGAUGAUUGGCCGGUUAAAGGCUCCAACUGGAGGUCCGGUGGAUUCGGGCCAGAGACGUUUCUUCUCUGUAACCCUGCGGUUCCUGCGCGGUGCCCUCCGCCCCGGUUCCGGUUCUGGUCCGGUCCAGGUGAGCGCGGACUGGGAGGAGAGCUGGGACGAGGCGGCGGAGCUGUGGCGUCUGUCCCUGCAGGCGCUGGGCGGCUGCGUCCGGGUUCAGCCGUGGCUCUCCGGCCUGAUCCGGGACGAAGGCUGGCUGCGGCACACCGUGGGCGUCCUGACGCAGAGCGGCGCCGCGCCAGAGCGCCACAGCCAGGAGGCGCUGGAGGAGGCGCUGUGCGCCGUGGCGGAGCGCUGCCCGGACUGCCGGCGGGACGUCCGGGACGCCAUGAGCAGCGGCGGCGCUCUGGGCCACAUGAAGAGGCUGAAGGCGGCGGUGGGACUUAAAGAUUAAAGGAGGUUCUGCUGAA